AUGACGCCCCUGGUCACCCUGCUAUCCCUGCUCGUGCUGGGAGCCCAGGCCCAGCACGGGGCCGAGUGGACCUACUCAGAGGGGGCGCUGGACGAAGCACACUGGCCUCUGGAGUACCCGGACUGUGGGGGGACGAGACAGUCGCCCAUUGACCUGCAGGUGAAGAAAGUUCGGUACAACCCUUCCCUGAGGGCUCUGAACCUCACAGGCUACGGACUCCAGCACAAGGAGUUCCCUAUGACCAACAACGGCCACACGGUGCAGAUCAGCCUGCCGUCCACCAUGCGCAUGACGACCUCCGACGGCACACAGUACUUAGCCAAGCAGAUGCACUUCCACUGGGGCGGAGCGUCCUCGGAGAUCAGUGGCUCUGAGCACACUGUGGAUGGGAUGCGAUAUGUAAUUGAGAUUCACGUCGUCCACUACAAUUCUAAAUACGACAGUUAUGAGGAAGCCCGGAAAGAGCCGGAUGGUUUGGCUGUGCUGGCGGCCCUGGUUGAGGUAAAGGAUUACGCUGAAAAUGCUUACUACAGCAACUUCAUUUCUCAUCUGGAGGACAUCAGGUACGCAGGACAAAGCACGGUUCUGAGGGGCCUUGACAUCCAGGACAUGCUACCUGGGGACCUCCGAUACUACUACAGCUACUUGGGAUCACUCACCACUCCUCCCUGCACAGAGAACGUCCACUGGUUUGUGGUAGCAGAUACUGUCAAGCUCUCUAGGACACAGAUUGAGAAGCUAGAGAAUUCCUUGUUGAACCACCAGAACAAGACCAUCCAGAAUGAUUACCGCACGACUCAGCCCCUGAACCACAGAGUGGUGGAGGCCAACUUCGUGUCUCACCCUCAUCAGGAAUACACUUUAGGCUCCAAACUCCACUUUUAUCUAAACAACAUUGACAAAAACCUUGAGUACCUGAGAAGAUUUAUUGAACAGCAGAUAACAAAGAGAAAAAGACAAGGAUAUUGGCAUUGA